GCGGCGGCAUCUUUUCCUCCUGCUGCUGCUGCUUCUUCUGCGGAGCCUCCGGAGAAAAAGGGCGGUUGAAGCCCAGCGAGGAGCUGCGAAGGCGGCAGCGGCAGCAGCCGGACCCGUCUGAGAGGAGCUCUUUCCCGCCCAGCCCCCGGCUGCCCAUCCCGAAGCCGACCUGGCUUGAAGUAGCAUUCUCCGAACUGCUGUAAGCAUCAUGUCGGCAGCAGCUGGACAGAAGAAGGGACCCGGCCGGCAGCGCAAGUGCGGCUUCUGCAGGUCCAACAAGGAUAACGAAUGUGGGCAGCUACUGUUCUCUGAAAACCAGAAGGUGGCGGCACAUCAUAAGUGUAUGCUGUUUUCAUCUGCCCUGGUAUCGUCGCCCUCCGAUAACGAGAGUCUCGGGGGCUUUUCCGUUGACGACGUUGAAAAGGAAAUAAAAAGGGGCACCAAGCUGAUGUGCGCCUUAUGCCACUGCCCCGGAGCAACUGUGGGUUGCGACGUCAAAACCUGCCACAAGACAUAUCACUACUAUUGUGCGUUGCACGACAAGGCUCAGAUCCGAGAGAGACCUUCUCAAGGCAUUUACAUGAUAUUAUGUCGAAAGCACAAGAAAGCGCCGCACAACUCUGAAGAUUUAGGAGAAGAUUUGAACGAACGAAAUGAGUUGGAGGCGCCCCCUCCCAAAAAGAAGGGGCGCAAAGGAAGGCCCAGAAAAUUGAGUCCCCGAGGGCAGCCAGAAGAUAGCCGAUCCACAUCUUCGCACGGCACAGACGAUGUAGAAAGCGGUUCUUACAGAGGCAGAUCGCCGCACCGAAGCAGCCCCAGCGAUGCGAAACCGAAAUGCGGGUUCUGCCACACGGGCGAAGAAGAAAACGAAGCCAGGGGGAAGCUUCAUAUCUUCAAUGCGAAAAAGGCCGCGGCGCAUUACAAGUGCAUGCUGUUCUCUUCUGGCACUGUGCAAUUGACGACCACGUCGAGGGCCGAGUUUGGCGACUUUGAUAUUAAAACUGUACUUCAAGAAAUCAAACGGGGGAAGAGAAUGAAAUGCACCCUUUGUAGCCAGUCUGGCGCAACAAUUGGGUGUGAAAUCAAAGCCUGUAUCAGGACUUACCAUUACCACUGUGGAGUGCAAGACAAAGUGAAAUACAUUGAGAACAUGUCGCGAGGAAUUUACAAGCUUUACUGUAAAAACCACAGCGGCAACGAUGAGCGGGAUGAAGAGGACGAAGAACGAGAGAGCAGAAGUCGCGAGAGGUCAAUAGCGGACCACAGUGGAGUUUCGCAGCAGCUCAAUGGAAACUAGGUUCAAGUUAAACUGGGAAUGAAUAAGACAUCCACGAUUCAAAUUUUUGUUUUUUGUUUUUAUAAAGUCUGAAAAGGGUUGGGAACCCCCCCCCUUCUUUUUUUUAACUGCCUGACUGUUAGAAAUGUCAUUGCGAUGCCAGAAGCGUUCGCGUGUGAGCCUUCGAUGAGCGGCGUGUCAAUAUUAUGUUAGUUAGUUAGUCUGCAAGUGUUUGGAGAGAACGACACCCCUACCCUGGAACGCUAUACAAGGAGAUGUAAAUGUGUACAGUGUCAAAACAACAAACAACAGACAUUGAAAUAGUAGGCACGGUUUCUGGACUAAAUGACUCUUCCAAGAUACGGAAUGUGACUUUGGGCAGCAAGGGAAAGACGGGAGGUUUAACGUGCAAAGCGGACACGACUGCGCCAUAGGAAGGCUGCAAGGAUGUGCAUUUUGCAUUCGCCUUCACUUACGAACCGUGGAGGGGAACUGUGGUCCCCUCUUUUGCAGAAGCACACAGCGCGUAGGAAAAAAAGAAGAAAAGAACCCUGCGGCUUCAAGAGCAUGCGCUGAACCAUUUGGAUCUUUUUUCCUGUUAAGAUGGCUUCUACCGCCUAGCAUUCCUUGCUGGAGAUGACUAUAAGCUGUGAGCUUCUGUACUCAUGGCCAAAGGGCUGCGGUUCGUUCUCCCCCCCCCCGCUCCCACCCGCCCGCCCGCCACCGCUUCUAGUCUCCCUGCUUUGCCCACGGCGAAUGGCAACUGAAAGCCGAGUCUGGAGGCUACAGGAGUGGGGGGAAACACUCAACCUGUCUUUAAGAGUUCCUGCUUACUAUGGGAUUUAGCCUCCUUUAUUGGGUACCGUACCUCAAUUGCUCUGCGCCGCUGCGUGGAACGCAUCAUGUUUUGUCCAAAAAUAAAAUAUGUACAGAUCCCGUAUGCUGUAAGAAGAAUGCAGAAUAAGAUUUUGGUUUUUUUUUGUGUUCUUUUUUUUCUAUAUGGAAAGAGGUCAGUAUUUAUUUUGAGUCUUGCGACCACUAUGUGAGAAUGUUCUAGUAUUUGAUUAAGGCAGGCAUCCCCAAACUGCGGCCCUCCAGAUGUUUUGGCCUACAACUCCCAUGAUCCCUAGCUAACAGGACCUGUGGUUGGGGGAGAUGGGAAUUGUAGUCCAAAACAUCUGGAGGGCCGAAGUCUGGGGAUGCCUGUUCUAGUAUUUGAUUAAGGCUUCCUGGCAAAUCGGCAAGUUAAAUGCUGUUAAAAUCUUCCUAAUGCUCUCUGUCGGUGUCUAAUUUAUGCCAAGUCUUAACAUCCCCAGUUAUGAUGUCUUGGUAUUUCUAUUAAUUUCUUCUGUUGCCCUAGUAAAGCCUAUUGUUUUCAACACAACCAAUACACACGCAUGUGCGUGCACACACACACACUUGUUUGCAAGCUAGCAAGUUCACUCUAAAUGUUACCUCUUUUGAAUUCGGGGCAAAGCUGCAAAAAGGAAUAUACUGACCAUUGGUCAGAAAACCAGACUGUGGAUGUGGCAAAAAGCACUCCAUGAAUAUGACUUAUGUUUCCGACUUCCAUUUCUGAAUCCUUUUUGAGUUUCAAUUUAUUUUUGAUCCUUUUGUUUUCUUUUUAAAAUGCAUUUCAUUGAUGUGUUGAGGGGCUUAACUAUUGCGUCUAAGAACAAAUGCUCCCUCAAGUUGGAAUUCAAUCCAGUUGCAUUUGAAAACGUCCUGGAGGAAAAGUUGUGUAUAAAAGUUGACUGCUCUUA